AUGCCGUGGUGCCUUGCAUUAAUCGGUCCCUACUGCUUCCCCUUCCCUCUGGACCCUUGCUUCUCCUGGGUCGUGCCUCUGGUGCACAAGGACCCGAGGAAAAUUAGGACCCAUGACGGGUUCCAGAUGACUAUUUUGUCAGUCGUUGCGUCGUUGUGGACUUUGCAUAUUAGCUUUCUGGGGACCUCGUUACGAGCCUUCUGUUCCUCUCGUUCAUCUUGGUGGUUUAUUUGGAACAACUUCGGCAUCGUGGCUCAUUUCUGGGCCAUCAUCCUGCAGCCAACUUUUCCCAGUUUCACCCUGGUCUUCGGUUUCUGCAACACCUUCAAACUGGCUUACUCGAAGGCACACAGUGUUUUGUUCGACCAAGACUUUCAAACGCCUCUGAUUGUGGACGAGUCGUUGGAUUUCUCAGACGCUGAAGAGUCGCGGUUCAUCGGUGCGUUCUCAGACGGCCUUUUGGCCAAGUCUGAUCCUAUCCUGUCUAUGUCUACUUUCCAGAAGCCCCCUCAAGCAGCCUUGCUCGAUUAUGAUUCUGCUCGGUCUCUGCAUGACGGUGCCUCAUACUCCAGCUAUGGCCAGUCCUCUUAUGUGACAAGUGCCUCCAUGGUCCCUUCCCCUAUGGCUGAUCAUGCGAGCCAGGUUUCAGGCUGUGUUCCCUACAUGGAGAAUCAAGGGUACGCUAACUCCUACGAAGAGAGCCGGUCGCCUAUGAUGGGUGGAGAGUCUCGCCAGCUGCCCGAAGUUCUCUCGUACUCUCCUCAGAGAGGAUCUGAAGGCACAAGGGUGUUCGUGGACAUUCAAUCCCCGUAUGAUCUUCACAGCUCGACGUACGCGACAGUCUACCUCAUAUUUGGCUCAAAGAAGUGCGCAUGUGUGCCACAGUACGUUGGUUUUCAGGGUACUUUUUUUCAAUAUGCCCUCUCUGUGGACUCUCCUCCUUUCAUGUCGACGGGCUCGCCUUCGUUUGCGGUGCCACUGCAGGUAUUAGUGGAUGGUCAAAAUGGGUGUCCCGGUACAGCCCUUCAGGUUGGUGUUUAUACCUAUGAGCAGGCUUCCCAUCAAUCCCCGCCGGAUAAUUCUAGGAAAAGAAGAAUUUCAUCUCUACCUGAGGACACAUCUUCCCGGCCUAUCAAGCGGGGAAGCGGGCAGUCUAUGCAUGCCAGAGAUCAGUCGGCUAGCUAUUCAGCAUCCUACUCACCCUAUUUGCAACCACUUCCCGCAGUGAAUGGGUUUGCUACUCCCUACCAUGCAGGAUCGCCUAGAGUAGGCUCAACGCAGUACUCGACUGUUUCGGCAACCUCCCAACCGUCCAUUCGAGCACCGUCGCCCCUUACGCCCUCGUGGAGUCCGUCCUACAUUUCGGUCAGCAGUAAUCCGCGUACUCCUGGGUUUGCUGUCGCCCAUGGGAUGCCCCAUAAGGCCUCGUCUCCCGCUCGGUUUGCGAACCCACCACUCAUUCGAACCUCGACCCUGCAGCAGUCUGGUGCUCUGGGCCAGACGCAGACCUUUAAUCCUUACGCAAUGUACCCAUCUAAGGCGGUUCUUAAACUGAAUGGAGACUUGGAUAGCAUGACUGAACAGUGGACCAAGGAAGAGCGAGAUGCGAAACGGCGUUUGGUUCAGUUUACUCGUAUGCAAAGCGGAAGCACCAUACACGCGGAUUUCAAACCUGUGGCCCCUGAAGACAGAGCCCCGAACAGUAUCUGCAUUAGUUGCAUAUGCUGGGAUGGGAAGGAUGAAUGCUUUGUUACAAGUGUUGAUACCAUCUACCUACUUGAGUCCCUCGUAGGUGUUCGUUUCACCGUGGAGGAGAAGAAUCGUAUCCGAAGGAACCUGGAGGGCUUCAGGCCACUUACCGUGUCUAAAGCCAAAGCAGACAGUGAAGAGUUCUUCAAGAUCAUCAUGGGGUUCCCGGCGCCCAAGCCACGGAAUAUCGAAAAGGAUGUCAAGGUCUUCCCAUGGAAAAUUCUCAGUCAUGCUCUCAAGAAAAUCAUAGGGAAAUACUCUGCAAGUUACUCUUCCACUGCGGGUGCACUAUCUACCCCCAUGGCUUCGAGCUAUGCAAGUAAUGGAGCCGGGUCAGAAUCUGGAACCGAAUCAUUGAACGCUGCAUCACCUCAGUCUGUUUCCGAUACCUCACCUUCGACGACCUAUGGCUCUGCCAUUGGAGUGUCAGCCUAUUCCUCUCCAACGGUCCAACCCGGUGCUCCGAUGUCCGCUCCCACGGAGCUCCGAACCGUGCUGCCGGCUGUUAACCAGCCUUAUCAGAAUAUGACUGCUCCGUACCAGUGCGCAGCAGUCUGCCAGCAACCCAGUCAGAUUGCUCUGAACGCUGCCGUCAGUCGAGGUUGGGAGCUCAACCCACUUGUCCACACCUCCGCAGCAAGUGGACCCCCCAACAAUACCUCUUGCUACCCAUACAUGGCACCAGUCCCGUAUACUCUAUCUGAACAACCUCACGGGUCUUAA